AUGAGCGAGGAAGCCUUGCGAGAAGCCGUGCUCUUGGAGACCUUAGCGAGACUUUUGAGGGAGAAGAUUGGCACAGCAGGUGGGAGUUAUGUGGAUCGGCAGCCGGCUUCAACGCCUCAGCUCGCGUUGCCCGCACCCGUCGACGCGGACUCCAGCGCGGACUCCGGCGCGUUGCCUCCCUGGCGGCAGAAGCCAGAGGAUCUACCACCGUCUUCGGUGGAGAAAGUGGAAGCACCGCUGGAAAAGUUCAUCCGGGUCUUUAAACUGGAUGAGCUGGCGGCGAAAUGCCUUUUAAAGCUACAAGAUGAUGAAGCUGCCUUUGUCAUUGAGUCAUGCCAACAUCGGCUGAAGCACGCCAAGAACCCUUCUGCUGUGGUGAUGAUUGCCAUCAAAGGAGUCGCGGCCAAGGUGGGCCGCAGAUACUAUGGCAGUCGCGAGACGGCCGAAGCUGGUCAAACACAAGCCUCUUCCGAGCUGAAGAUGAUCGGCGGUUCGCCCGAGGACGAGCUCGCAGACGAGGACGUGGCGCAGAGUGAUCCCUACCUGAUGGUGGCGGAUGAGGAGGAAGAAGAGGAAGAGGAAAAGGUGGUGGAUCAAGAGGUAGAGGCACCAAGUGACGGCCCCCCGGCCAAGCGCCCGAAGCUCACGGGGUCGGAGACCGCUCCGCUCCCCACGACUUCUUCUCCGCCGGCGGAGAAGCUCACGGUGGAGGUGCUUACGGAAGAUCCGCCUGAGGAGGACGAGAAUCCGGAGGCCUUGUUCUUCGUGGACACUGGCCCGACCGGCGCGUAG